UGGCUCCGUCGCUCACCGUUUUUCCCUAAUUCUCUUCCUUUCCCGUUCCCUCGCUCGCUCUCUCGCUUUCUCUCUCUCUCUCUCUCUCCACUCGUCUUUUCCUCUUUCUCUUCCUCUCUCGCUUUUCCCCUUCUCCUGCUUUUCGCUGCGUGCUUCCAUCUCUCCCCUCUCUCCGUCCACAGAGCUUUCGGAGCUGGUUCUAGUUCCAUUCCAUAUUCAUCCCCCUCUUCCCCUUGCUCUCCAUAUCCUCUCUCCCCUUAUCACCUGCUGAAUUGAAACGGCUACCAGAUCCGGCUGAAGAUCUCCGUGUUCUGUUUUUCUUCUUCCUUCCCCACCCUCCCGUUCGGGGUCGAUUAAACUCAACUUUUACCGCCAUUUCGCGACCUUACCUUACUGACUGACAACUAUCCGCGCCCGAACCCAACCCAAUUCUCUCUCCCUCCCCCAAGUCAGUCAAUCAAUCAAACGUUCAUGCUGCCAGCAACCCCCAUUCGUCCCAACCCACCCCUCCCCUGAAGAUGAUGAUGGAUUUUCAGAAACACCAUCCUCAUCAUCCAUACCAUACGCACCCAUCGAUGUUGGGCGUCGUCGCCCACGACCCUCGUGCUGCGCCCCCCGCGCCGCCAGUUCGCGCCUACGGGCCUCCACCACCAUCACAACCUUCCUCCCCACGCAUGUUUUAUGACCCUUUUCAUCGCCGCGAACCCGAGAUGCCUCGAUCUGGUAUCACCCCAACCUACAGUUACCCGCCCUCCUCGGUCCCUACCUCCGUGGCCCCCGUCUCAUACGCCCAUGAGAACGCCUAUGCGGCAUAUCGGACAGAAAGCAAUGGGUAUCACACAUCAUCAGCGAGCCACGUCUCGCUAAAGGAGCAGAAUCUUCCCGGGGGCAAUCGAGAGUCUGAACAUCGUCCAGACCCUCAUUACUCGGUCAGUCACAUCAACAAGCCCGAACGUCGGAUGGUAUAUCGUGAAGGUAGGCAACUUGCAUUUUCUUUGGAUAUGAUAUCGCUUCAAUUUAUAUUAAAUUGCCCGAUGACCACCAAAUAACCUUGUUUCUCUGCGCGAGUUCUCUCAUUUCUCUUUGUCUGUUGUUUUCUUAAUUUCUUUUACUUCAUGCUGCGAUGUGACUACGAACCCGGUAUGCGGGAGUUUCAGGCCAUAGUCGCGUCGCGAUGACCGGUCUUGUGGGAGCAUGACUAGAAGCAAGUAAGAUGCGAGAAGGAGAAGGGGCUGUCCGGGCUGGGAAGAUGCAAAGAAGAAGAAAAAAAAUUUUCCUCUGGUCGGAGUCUAGCCAUCUGCGAUGGUGCAGUGUGGCGCGGCUGCAG